AUGAAAUAUACAUGGCGGUCGAUUGUUGCUACUACAUUAUUCAGUGAUAUUACUGCGGUUUAUACAGAAGUACCAGUAGUUCCGAUUAAUUUUACAGCUAUUCUUAUUGAAAUAGUCAAUAAAUUUCAAUUACAAGGACGGUUAUUUGCUUUACAUAUUUCAUAUAUUGUAUUGGGAUUAUUAUCAGUUUUAUUUAUGUUUGGUUUACCAGUCGUACUACUUUCUGAACAUCAAUUGUGCAAAAAGAAAGAGGAAGAAGAUGCAAAAACGAUGGAACUUGUACCACACGAUAUUUUCGAAGUACAUUAUUCAAAAAUAUUUAGUACAAGCAAUCAUCAUCAAUUUCAAUAUUUAAAUGAAAAAAACAAUGAAUGUCAUAAAAGAGAGAAACAAUGUUGCAACUGUAUUAUCAAUAAUAAUAAUUUAUAUUUGUUAAAUCUCUUUCAUACAAUGUGA